AACUCGGCUGCGAGGAGAUGUACAGAGGAGGCAAGCAACAAGUGCUGGGUAGGAGCUCGCAGCAGCAGCUGGUUGGGUUGCAGCGGCUCCUCGCCACCCGCCCUCCUCUCUGGCACCCAUGUAACACGAAACUUCGCAUCUCCAGGACAACCAAUAACAAAAAAAAAAAGAAAAGGCAUAGACAACAGCUGGCUGUCAGCAGCAGAGCAGAGAGGAGCCGAGCGAGGAGGCAGAGACAAGCCAGGAUGAGGGGAGAGAUGACGUGAAAGUUGAAGACGACAAAAAGAAACGCAGGAGGAGAAGAGUUGGCAGCGCGGCUGGGCUUAAAGUCUGGAAAGAUUGAGGCAGAAUGUCUUCUGAAGGCUUCCUGAAGGAAUUGCAAACCAUUGGUGAGAAGCUUCUCCUUAAGCUCCAGAGACUGCCCAAGGCUGACCCGGUGGAGAUUGUGUCCUUUUGUGUGGUUCUUCUGUUUAUUGCUACUGUUCUGCUGCUCAUGAUCAUUGCCUGCAGCUGCUGCUGCUACAGCUGCUGUGGCUGCGAUGGACAUGACAACCACAGGCGGAGGAAGACCCAAGUCCGCCCAGCUACCCAUUCAUGAAGGGUAACAAUCUACCAUCAAGAGCAUGUGUGGACACUGUGACUCAGUCCUGUGAGAAUGACCUUCUACACUACUAGGUCAUUGGGAUUGGCAAUAACAGUGCUCAUUAAUAUGACUCAGAGGAGCAGAAAUCACAGCAUGGAACCCCUCCUUUCUGUGACAGCCACCGCUGGACUCUGUGGUGUGACCAGAGAGGUAAUGCUACCUUACUAUCACCAUCUCCCUCUUCUGGGCUGGGGGAGGGGUGCAUGGACACCUGCUGUUGAGCAAACAGACAUUCUAUGCUUGCCCAGUGACAGCCCUGCCACUGGGCCAGCUCAGGACUCCCUUUGUGAGCAUGGAGCCACAGACCAGGGCGGAGAACAUGCACACUGCCAGGUGCUCUCUUCACAAGUGGCUAAUCCAGAAGGAUGGUGCUGGAUGCUAACAAAGCCCACCAACAUGACUGGGAGGUCCACAUGGACAGUACAUCUUCGAUUGAAUCCACACCUGCUCUUUCAAAAGCCACCUGUCAUGGAUGUGCUUAGGUGAGAUGUCUGCUGAACACAAGUCAUGGACCUUCUGACCCAGGCAUGCCAGCUGAGGCUAUGAGUACAGCUGGUAGAAAAUGCUCCCUGCUUUAUUUCAUCAGCAUCACAAUGAUGUGAAAUUGCCAAAGAAAAAUAUCAGAUCACGUGCAAUACCCUUUGUAAGCAGAAAGAUGAAGGCAAAAGGAGAAACUCACCAAGCUACAGCUUAAUUUCAUCAUUUUGCUGCUAACAGUGCUCCCUGCAUGGUUCUGCUCCUCUGCUCAUUGCAGGUGAAUGAUCCCUACAGAGCACAGGAGCUAGAGAGAUGAACAAAUCCCUGUUCUGGCCCAAGGGAUUUGUGCCUGGCCCCCUGCACUGUGCGCAGUUCAUUUUAGUGGGCACAAGCAUUAUGCCUAAGGUAUGUCCAUGAGACUACCCAAAGGCAUUUAGGAGGAGUGACAAAGUCAUUCACAGGUGCCCAUGCAGGAGCCAACAGCAGGCACUGUGACAAAGCAGAUCCAAGAAGGGGCUGUAUGGCUGAAGUUAACAAGUGCAAAUAAAUCCCUUUUCCAUGCUACAGCCACUGUGUAUGUUUGGUUUACACCUUGGUGAACUCGAGGAAGGGAUUUAUGGGAGUAUAAGGCUGUGGCACAGGCCAUGACUUUCACAACAGGGAUAGCCAAGCAGAAGAGCAUCAUGCUGCACCUAAUUGUCAGCCACUGGGCUGGGAGCCCCAGGUGUGAAAUCAGUCACCGUUAGGAGAAGAGGUUAAAAGUUACAUGCAUGUAGAGAAGUAAUCUUCUACCCUUGCAUCCCAACUGAUAAGUGCAGAGGAGUCAAAGGGCUUACACAUGUACAUACCAGAGCCAGCAUCUAGCUGGAGAGAAAAGAAUCAGCACCUUUUGUAACAGUGGGCUUGGAAGUAUUCUGCACACAUCAUAAGGGACAUAAAAUGGGAAGCCAUGUAAAGAAACCUCUUUUCUCUGAUGCCUGCCCCCAGAUUAGUAAAAAGCACAUUUACAUUAGUAGUUUACUGUGUAUUUAAUGCACUUAAUAUUCUGCAAAGCAGCUAGAUUUAGGUAUUUUGCCUUUUUUUGUACCAGAAUGCAUCCACAGGCAGCUAUACAGAGACUAGUGUAAAAACUCAGAUAAAUAACCCUCAGACUACCAAUGUUACUUUCAAAUCAAUAGAAGAAAAACUCUGCAGCAAAAGAUGAGAAUGUUCCUUAGAAAGGAAAUAUCUGAGCCCCCAUCCUGACAACUGCCAAGAGAAGACUGCACUGACAUGAGCUGGUCAUGCACAGAUACACUGAGACUAACAAAACUCCGGCCUUGACUAAGCUGUCACAGAGCUUUCACUCCCACACAAUGUGCUGGGGGAGGAUAAGCUCCAGAGUGGCACCAGUUCACUCUGAUCCACAUUCAGGGAUGCACCACGCUGACCUCUCUGUCAGAGACGUCUUUGCUCUUCUCUCUUACAGACAUGUGGCAAUCAAAGUGCCAUAGGAGGUCUCUCUUUUGCAGAAGACAGACUUAACAGAUGUUUCUGUAUCUAAGCCAUGAGAAGUGAGACAGGACAGAACAGAACAGAACUUCCUUUUUCUCCUGGUCUGUGUCAGACAGUGCCAGCUACAGGACUUAACAGAGUCCCAUUGAGAAACAUUUCAGCAGCAUGGAACCAGGCUGUGCUAACAGUCAGGAGGAAGCUCAGCAGGCUGGAAACAUACCAACAACUGACAGGUUGCUGUCACCAAGAACAAGCUGCCAGGCCUUAUCUCAACAGGAAAAGCUACAUGACUCCCAGUGGUGCUACAAGUUAAACCACUGACAGAUACCAGCGAAGGGGACAAGAGAAGUGGCUCCUGGCUUAUCUCUGCCACUCCUGAAGUUCCUGAAUUAGAAACAGAAUCAACACAGCAGUGUUUUUUAAAUGGAGAGAAUAUGAAGCAGCUGUAUAGAGAAAGCAGGUGGAAAAAGCAGAGGAGCAGCCACCACAUAGGGGAGAGGUCCCUGAACUGAUUUCUACAAACUUGCCUGGACCCCACAGGCCUAUUGUUUUGCUUUGUGUUGGUUUGUGCCACCGUACCCAGCUGGACUAUUCCUGCCCAGCUUAUAGGUAUGCCAACUGUUGGUCUGGGCAGUCUCUGCUGCCCUCUUGCAUGCAACAGAUCAGGUUGGCCUGAAAGAUGCCCAGCACAUCCCCAGCUUACUGCAGCUAUUCACUUUUUGACUACAAACCUGCCAAUCUCUGGGUCCCUACCCAGCACUUACACAAACUUUCGUGUUUUGGGUUGGGUUUCAAUCACUACCCACAGAAAGGGACCUGGAGUGCCCUGAGCAUCAGUGAGAAUGGAUCCUCUCUUUCAAAAAUGGGAGCAUCUCUCACUUUCAAAGAGGGAGAUUCAGAAGAGCAGAGAUUAAGGGAAGACUCCUUCAAAUACAGCGACUUCCGUGAAAGCCUGAGUGAGCCUGGAGGGAAUUGCAGGCAAAUACAGACACUUCAGUCCUGAUGAUACAAGCAGUGAAACAGCUCCUCUCCAGAGACAAUGAGACCGGAGGCUCUCCAGCAGAAGCGGUGGAAGCUCUACUGAUGACUUAAUGGAAUAGCUUCUGUUCUGUAACAUUAUCCCUCUGUUUUCAAAGUGAUUUGCUUGGCUUGUGACAACCAAGUUUCGUUUUACAUAGCUGAACACACCCUGCUCUCCUUUUCCCCUCCCAUCUCUCUCCAGCACCAUCCCUCUGGUCUUCUUCCAUAAGGAACAGUUUUAUUGCCGUUUUAUUGCAGCUAACAGCAGUGCGAGAGGCUCUGUCAUGAGUUUAAUCCACCUCAGCUGUCAUGAUGAUGUUUGUACUGGAGGGCAGUCUUGUUCACAGUCUCCUUUUAGAUAUAGCAGUUUCAUAGCAGAGCUUACAAUACACACUCAGCCAGGAUCCAGGAAACAAAAGUCUCUUUUCUCCAGCACCACCUUCAACAGGUAUACCAGUGGCUAAAGCCAUGGAGAGGAAGAAAUGUCUGAGUGACAUCUGAACUAGGUUUUCUGAGCUAGGCUCAAGACCUUUGAUUAGAUUAGCCACACCUUUGCAGGAAAGUCAGCUGUUAAUAAUUUACUGCAGGACAAACAGGCACCUUCCACCCUAGCUUUGUUAAGUCAGCAGCAGCACUAAGGGGGGUCCCUUACCACCAAGAUCUCUUGAAGAGGGUACAUAGGACGAACCAGAAGCAGCAUCCACAACAGCUUCAGUCCUAUUUGAGAGAAAGCAGGAGAAAUAAUCCAUCUUUUCCCUUGGGAAGCAAGGAAGCUUUAGUAAAACCACAAGAAGCUUGCAAAGAGGUACUGGAUGUUCUUUAGAAAGCAAAUAACCAUUACAUAAAGUAACAGUGAAGUGCAAAUGUGUAGAACCCAUGGAGAUCCCAACUUUAAUUGCUGCUAAACCAAAGUACUUCAUGGGAGGCAAACUUGUGCUUCUACUGCAAAGCGUGACCACAGCAAGGACUGUUAAUGGGAGACCUUUUUUACUAGGCUGUUGUAAGCCUUGUGGAGCAACAAGUUGUAUGUGAAGAUCUUUGCUUACUGAUGCUGGGAGGUUUGUUUUGGGUUUUGUUUGUGUUUAAGUAACUCAGAGCUUAAGUGCUCAGCUUCCUUUUAGGGUUCAAGCAAGUUCUUCUCCUCAAUACCUGUCUGUCAUAUGCAGGCUGUACAUCUGACAGAGAUGAAGGAUUCAUACUGAACAUACUGGGAGAGACACUAUAUUAUAUAUUAUUAAACUGUGAUUAAAAUAAAUCUCAACUGCCAUAAUCUCAUGAAGCCAGAAGCUUUCCUCUUUACAUCUCUAGAUCUGACUGUGAAACUGACCUCAGCUACUUUUUUUUUCCUGUGUUUAUGCUCCUAUUUCUCUCCCUUUUGGAAGGGGGAUGCCUACAGUCAUUUUAGGACUGAUGCUCAAAGCAUAGGGAGGAUGCACCAACACCUAAUAUUGUUCUUGUCUACCUCCGGCAGGGUGGAACCCAACAUGUCAUCAGUACAAGAGGCAUCCUCAGCUCUGGAAGACCUAAAGAGCCUGAUUACAAGAAGUGACUGGGCUCUUGGAGGGCUAGUGGUGAUUGGCAUCUUCUGUCUUGUUUUUAUUGCUCUCAUCUUAUUUGCUGGCAUCUUUGGGUGCUGCUCAUCUCCAAGGCACAGACAGUAAUGGUUCAUAAACAGUGUGGCAGAGAUGCAGUACUUGAAGCCCUGCAUCUACUAAGCAAGAAUAAGUUCAGUCACAAUCUGAUUGUGGUAUUCAUAGAAAACUUUUCCACCUUCUACUCUCUGGGUGGUUAUUUUUCUCCAUGCAACCUCCCUGCAACAAGAGCUGAGCAGCAAUGCCAGCAAAUUGUUCUGCAAGUCCAUAACAAACUCAGUACCAAGGGCUGGCUGGACUCAGGAAUUGCACACUUAGCCACAUACCAAAGUCAACUCACCACCGCCUGCUUUUCAUCUUUCAAACAAGACCACGGUUUAGAGGUGACAAAUGGUCAACCACCACCUAAAACUGAUAAAGAUGUCUUCCUCUGCUGCAGUUAUGUGGAUUUGUGCAAAUGGGCAAAAGGAAACUCUGAACAGCAAAAGCUUUGUCUAAACCCACUCUCUCAAAGCAGCUUAUACUAUUGUUCUCCUGUUGUACUCAGACAAUAGCCUAAAUAUACUAUGCAAAAACUUG